AUGGGCAAGAAGAGAACAAUCGAAGAGCUCCUCGGCGACACUUGUGGUGCUUGCAAUAGGCCGUUCAAGUCCACGAAAAGCCUCAUGGCCCACCAGUCGUCAAGCCAGCAAUGCGCAUGGUACAAACGCGGAAAAUUGAAAGAGGCAUUCAGGUUUCCGGACGCCAGGGGAGACGAAGGUGAAGACGUACCAGCUGUUGAGGGAAGUUCUGGUGGCAGAAGUGACUAUGCAAGCAAUCAAAUAGCCUCUGGAUCCGGUAGCGGCAGGCGGUCGCGGUCUAUGUCAACUCCCAGCGUGCCUGAAGAAGACGAUGCCACCGGACCCAGUGCGAGCAGGCGAAGCAUCAAGUUCUACGUCGAGACAGUCAACACCGCAUCGAGCAGGUAG